AUGAUCGCAAAUGGAGCGGUCCUCGUCGAGACAUCAGGGUUGACAAUGCGGAACUGCGAGGUAAGCUCGCUCCAAGUACUCCGAAGUUCUACUGAUCUCGGACUUCCAGAAACCCUGAAAUCUGGAGUUGCCUAUCAUCAUGCUGGUCUCGAGAUGACCGAUAGAGCUAGUGUAGAGAAGGGCUUUCUUGAAGGACAAAUCAAUGUUAUUUGCUGCACGUCGACAUUAGCCGUUGGAGUCAAUCUGCCUUGUCAUUUCGUUAUCAUAAAAAAUACUGUCAAUUACCAAGAUAACGGCGUUCAAGAGUACUCGGAUCUUGAAAUCAUGCAGAUGUUGGGCCGAGCCGGGCGUCCACAAUUUGACGACUCCGCAGUUGCAGUUAUCCUUACAAAGCAAGAAAAAGUCCAGAAGUAUGAGAAGCUGAUAUCUGGUCAGGAGGUACUGGAGAGUUGUUUGCAUUCGAACUUGAUCGAUCACCUCAACGCAGAGAUUGGCCUUGGUACAAUACUUAGCCUCCAAGCUGCAAAGCGAUGGCUGAGUGGCACAUUCCUUUACGUACGACUGGAAAAGAAUCCUGGUCACUAUCGUAUUGAUGGAGACGUUAUAGACCAGAGUGUCGAUGAUAGAGUUGAGCUCAUCUGCAAGCGAGAGCUAGAGCUACUUCAUAGCGCUGGCCUCAUCUCUGUUGAUGUCAAUGGCGACCUAAGAGCCACAGAAUUCGGAGAUGCAAUGGCUCGCUAUUAUGUGAGGUUUGAGACAAUGAAGAUGAUACUGGGACUUGGUAGCCAACCUAAAUUAUCGGACAUUCUCUCUGCCAUUGUUCAAGCGGACGAGUAUCACGACAUCCGGCUUCGUGGCAAUGAAAAGAAACUUUUCAAAGAGCUAAAUCGACAACAAGGCAUCAGAUUCCCCAUCAAGGUCGACCUAGCUAUGCAUGCUCACAAGCGAAGCUUGAUCGUCCAAUCCGAGCUGGGCAGUGUAGAUUUCCCUGCUGACGAAGGUUAUGGCAAGCUCAAGGUUCAGUUCUUGCAAGAAAAGCACCGUCUAUUCUCCAACAUUCAUCGUUUGCUACGAUGCGUUAUUGACUGUCAGAUUCAUGUGGAGGACGCAGUCGGCGUGCGGAACGCGCUCGAGCUAGCUAGGAGUCUUGGUGCACGUGUUUGGGACAACUCGCCAUUUCAGAUGAAACAACUGCCUCAGAUUGGGGCUGUCGCUGUGAGAAAGCUUGCAGUGGGCGGCAUCGCCAACAUCGAGGCACUUGAAGCUGCAGAGCCCCACAAGAUUGAGUCCCUCCUAAGCAGGAAUCCGCCGUUUGGGAGCAGGUUACUGACAAGCAUACAAGCUUUUCCUAAAUUAAGGGUGUCAGUGAAGAUGAUUGGGAAGGACCCUCGAACUGGUGAAGCGCCGGCCAUCCGAUUGAAGGUAGAGUUGGGUUUCAUGAAUGAGAGCCCGCCGAAUGCAUUUCGAGGUAAACCGAUUCACAUCUGCUUAAUUGCUGCCCGGUCCGACGGGUUGCUCAUUGAUUUUCGGCGAAUACCCGCUAAGAAGAUAGGCCACGGUGUGGAUAUGCUUCUGACAGCGCCUUUGACGAACCAGAGUCAAUUCGUUACAAUUUACGUGAUGUGCGAUGAAAUUGCUGGAACUUUACGUUAUGCCGAGCUCAAGCCAAAGCUUGCACUCAAUCUCUUUCCCCUGGAACAAGUACAACAAUCGUCAUUGACCCAAACGAAGUCAGGAAGAGCCACACAACUCGGAGGUCAAGCCCCAAAAGUUCUCCAUGAUGAAAGCUCCGCAACACUCAAUGAGAGUGAGUUCGACGACGAUAUCGAUGACCAGGACCUGCAAAAGGUUGCCGAUGCCUCUGUCGGGACCACGUUCAACAAUAUCGAUGACUUCAAGGAAACGGGGCUGAACAAAAGAGAUGGCCACGCAAACUGGAAGCCAGAAAGGCUUCGGAACGGAAAGUGGGCAUGCAAUCACUCUUGCAAGAACAAGUUUGCGUGCAAGCAUCUCUGUUGUCGCGAAGGGCUCGACAAAGCCCCUAAGCCCCCUAAAAAUGCCACUGGUCCCGCUGCGUCAGCACUUGAGUAUCUGGCCUCAGGAGCAGCCACGUCAAUUUCUCAGGAAGGCAAAAAGCAGUCAAAAUUGGCCACGAAGGUAACGAGUGUGAAUCCUGCGGGUAACAUUGAAAUGCUUGACCUAAGGAGUCCCGUUGAUCAGACGCACAUACAAAGCAGAAAGUGCCAACAGAUUGGAAAACUUGAGCAACUGCACAGGCGUAUUAACAAAGAUGUGUUCUCGAAUGACAUCUCCCAGGGGAAGUUAGAGGAUGGGUCAAAUAAAGAAGUGGAACGUCAAGCAAAGCAUACAGUCCGAGGGAUGUUCAGUAAGCCAAGUGAACAACCAUCUUCGAUUUAUAGCGAUGAUUGGGCGAAUAGUUUACCUUCUGUAACAGAAGUUCUGGAUCAAGAGGACCGAAUCCAUACAGGCUCCCCUGAGGGUCAUACGGAUGGUCGUUCGGCUAUUGGCAGCCUAGCUAAUCAAGACAGCAGCACACGCCCCGAGUUUGAUGAGCCAAUCCCCGAGCCUGGUGAUACGUCUGAACAUGGUGGUGAAAGUGAUACGGAAGAGGCACUCUUUGGACUCGAAGACUCCAUUUUGAUGCAGAGCAAUGCAGAUGAUGGCAGUACACCCCAGAUGCGGGCUCAACAGCACUCAUCAGGGUUGGAUGCUUCAGAGAAAUUGUUCCUUUCUACAGACAGCCCAGAGCGGCUUUCUACCCCUAUCAGGAAGCGCAAAGCAGAUGAUGUUGACAUACGAGUCGUUCAUGAGCUCUCACCCGAGCGCAAGCGAGCAAGAGCCGAAGAGGACGAUCGUAAAGCAUCAACUCCUCGUGUCGACCCUCAAUCCCUGGCUGAUAUGACGAUUCCGGUCAUCAAGCCAGGCCUGCCAGCCUGGGUCUAUGAAUUUGAUCCAGCACUAGUUGUCGAAUACCAGGACAUUGUCGAUCAGCAGAUCUCUCAGACCGCAAUGUCAACCCAACGUCCCUCGGGUGGUCAUCCCAGCGGUGAGAGACUCCUCAAUUUUGUUCAGGACUCGGAGGGCCCCAUCAUCACUCGCUUUAUUGCGGGGCGAUCCAAGAUACCAGGCUCGCUUCGUGGUUGUCAGAUUGGUUCCAGUAGUAGUGAUACCAAAUCCCGGGGUACAUCCAGACUAGUCGAAGGCUCGAAUUACAGCCAGUAUGGCUCCCUCCCAUGCUGGAGCGACGGGACAGGGACAGAUUCGGUGACAGAAUCCAUUGACACGAGCUUCGGAGAAGAAACUCUCAACGAAAGCUUCCGUGUUCCUUACAUUGAUGCUGGUACUUGGGAGCUGCCUGCAUAUCCGCCGUCCAGACGCACGCCCGUGCUGCAGUGUCCCUUCGAGAUCUUGGGGUGCAGGCGUGAAUUUCCCAAAGAGGAUGAGUCUGCAUGGAUCGAACAUAGCCUCGACCAUUUCGUAACUAAUGAUGCAAGUCGACAGAGGUUUGCGCCUCCGAAGGACAACUCAUGUUGCUUCUGCCAAAAGUUAUUCCAGUAUGAAGAUGGCACCGUCUCGUGGAGACAGCGGAUGAUGCACAUUGCAGCCCAUCAUCGACUUGGUCAUUCUCUUGCCCAUGCUCAACCUAACUUUAGUCUCCUCAUCUAUUUAUGGCAGAAAAGGGUGAUUGAUGAUGAAACGUUCAGGGAUAUACAUGGCAAAACGCCGGAUCGGUCACGGAUCAUCGCCAACGCUUCACCACCUGUGACUGAGCCUGAUGACGAGGAGAAGGAGCAGGAAGACGAAGGGGAAGAAGAAGAGGAGGAAGAGGAAUCUGACACAGAGACCGUCACGAAUAUCAACGACGGCAGGCGCAACAGAGCUCGACGGCCCGGGGCUUAG